AUGGAAGCGCGCGGAGAGAGCAGCCAGGCGAACGAGGACGAUGCGCCAGCAGAGGACCGCCUCAGUGAGGUGACGGAUGUGUCCGUGGAGGUGGCCACGGUGGACGCCAUGCUCGAUAAAUUCUGUAGGAAAUACAACAGACGCAGAAGGAGAGAAAAGAAGGUGAAGAAGCUGAAUAAGAGGCCACUGGUGAAACUACAGAAUCUGCUCCUGAUUAUUACAGUCGUGGUGUUUGUCACUGUGGUGAUCUUGUGGUCACUUCUGUGGGUUUUUACAUUUCGGAGAGAAAGCAAUAGUGGCGUGUACUUUGCUGGGAUGUUUCGUGUUGCCAAUGUGGAGUUCAUACCAGAGUACCGACAUGCCGACUCCAGUGAAUUUGUAUCCAUGGCAAAUCAAAUACAACAUGUGGUAAGCAAAGUCUACAGAUCAUCAUCAGUAUCAACGCUCUACAAGCACACCAUCAUAUCUGAUCUGAGUAAUGAUAAAGGUGGCAUGCUGGUGCAUUUCUGGAUGAUCUUUGAGGUGCCAAGGCUAAAGACUCCAGCAGUGUGUGAGGAGUGUGUUAGUGCGAUCUUCAGAGACUCGGUGCUCACAUCCCUAAAGAACAGAUCCUCUGUGGGCUUCCUGUUGGGGCUGCCAGUAGACAUCGACUCCAUCUUCAUCAACAAUGCUCUUCGUUCAGAUUAUACAUCAAUCGCUGCAGGCUCGGAGUGUGUGGAUAAGCUGUACGCAGGCCUCCCUGAGGCGAGAGUCCCACUGAACGUUUUCUCCUCUUGGGGAGGUCUCAGCUGCCACGUCAAGCUCACGUCUGCUCCGGGCACCGUCAUCCGGCUCACAGUGAACAGCCUGGACGUCGAACCGAGUGACUGUGUGUAUGACGCCGUCACUGUGUACGACGCCCUGCUGCCUAUGAGAGCCAAAAUCUUGCACAGGUUGUGUGAGGCAGUGCGGGUUCCAGUGUCUCUCGUGUCCACCUCUAACGUUAUGCUGCUCUCCUUCAGACUCGUGCAAGGCAACAAGAGCUUCCGAGGAUUCUUCCAAGCCGUUCCUGAGGAAGAGUGCCUGAGUGUAAUUGAGAUUCCAGCGAUCCCCAUUGAAGCAGGAGAAAUGACCAGCCCCUUUUACCCCAGCCUUCUCCCUCCGCUGUGCUCCUGCACCUGGAGGCUUCAGACCCACAGCACGUCUCUCGGCGUGGCUCUGACGUUUCAGAACUACAUCCUCUCACCGAAAGACCUGACUCCGUGUGAAUACGGCUGGUGGAAGAUCAAUGAGAUCAUAUACUGCGGCCGCUACGUGAGUCACAUAACCGUCUUCCGCAUUCCCGAGAGAAGCGUCGAGGUGGUGUUUCGCUGCAGCUCUCGCAGCUCCGAGCUGCCUUUCAGCGCCACCUACAGCAGUUUCAACAUCAGCCAGCCAUGUCAUGAGGGUCACUUCCUGUGCACCACGGGGUUGUGUGUGGAAAAGGAUCGGCGCUGUGACGGCCUGGAUGACUGUCAGGAUGAGAGCGAUGAGGUUUUCUGUUCAAAACCCUUUAAAAACUGCAGCAGUCAGACUCCUCUUCAUCCUCUUUAUGUAUGCGAUGGAGAGAAUGAUUGUCCCAAUGGACGAGAUGAAACCAACUGUACUCAAGAGAUGGGCUGUUCUGGGAUGUGGUAUCAGUGCAGCAAUGGCGCGUGUAUCCGAAAGAAAAAUGCAAAGUGUGACGGAUUUUAUGACUGUCUUGACGACAGCGAUGAGAAGGACUGUGCCUGUGGUCAGUCCAUGCCUGUGAAACAUGUGAUGGACAGUGCAGCUCUUCAAGAGCGAGUGGUGGGUGGAGUCAAUGCUGUAGAAGGGGAGUGGCCAUGGCAGGUCAGUUUGCAUUUCUCUGGCCAUCUGUACUGCGGUGCCUCUGUUAUCACCAGCGAGUGGCUCAUCUCCGCUGCACACUGCUUCAGCAAAGAGAGACUCUCAGACCCUCGGCAGUGGAUGGCUCAUCUGGGUAUGUUGACUCAGGGCAAUGCUAAGCACGUGGCAGAGAUCCGCCGCAUCGUGGUGCAUGAGUAUUACAAUGCUCGUAACUUUGACUACGACAUCGCCCUCCUGCAGCUCAGAAAGGCGUGGCCUAGCAGCCUGACCCCCUUCAUUCAACCCGUGUGCCUGCCCGCCCCAUCACAGACCAUCACCAAGAGACACCGCUGCUGGGUCACCGGCUGGGGCUACCGCUCCGAACAGGAUAAGGUCCUACCCACGGUACUGCAGAAGGCUGAGGUUAACGUCCUGAGUCAGAGCGAGUGUAAGAGGGCGUAUGGUCCAGUCUCUCCCCGCAUGCUGUGCGCAGGAGUACCCACUGGAGAGAGAGACGCCUGCCGGGGGGACUCCGGUGGUCCUCUGUCGUGCCAGGCUUCAGAAGGUGGACGCUGGUUUCUGACGGGGAUCGUAAGUUGGGGGUCGGGCUGUGGCAGACCUAAUUUUCCUGGAGUGUACACCAGGGUGGCCAAGUUCAUCUACUGGAUCAACAGCCACAUUUACAACACAUGAUUUAACU